ACUGAAAGUGAAACUUCAUGUACUUCGUUUGCAAUUGACUUCGAGAACUACGGAGGAGAAACAGCAGCUUGCGGAUUCCCGAAGACGUUACAAUGGGGAAAAUCUUUCAAGUAUUUGUAGUCGGGUUGAAAGGGGAAAAGCUUACUGUUGAUGUUUCCGAAUCCGAGGCAAAAUUUAACGCGAUGACAAUCUCCAAGUUCAAGGAAAAACUGCUGCAGAAACUGCCAGGACAAGCAGGAAUAGCUAGCGGCGAAGAUCUCCGACUUCUUUUUGCCAACUUUGGAUUGGAAAAGGAUAAGAAAUUCUCUGAUUACAAUAUAACGGAUAAAUCAACAAUUCUGAUGGUGUUACGUCUGCCUGGAGGAAUGGAACAGUGAAGAACCUUCGGAAACUCAACUCACCUCCGAAAAAAAUGCAAAGACCUUAAGUCUCUGUCCAAUCGAACUCUGAUAAUGCUUGACUCGAUGUAGUAUUGCGGAUGAAUAAAUACCCAAGGCACCAUCUUAA